AACCCUGAUGUAGCUCACGUGUGUAGUGGAGCUGGGUGAUAAAUCAGGGUAUUGUAGGGUAUUUUUAGAGGUACCUCUCUCUGUUAGCAGCACAGGGAGCAGGAUGAUGACCAUCCUGUUAAUAGAACUGUUAAAUAGAAAUGGUUCUGCGUCUGUCAGAGCAGGUUGAGGCAGACAGAAGAAACGGAGAGGCUUUAUAUCAAAACGAAUAGAUGUCUGAGUUCUGUAAGGAAAAGAUUGUCUGUAUGUAUUGCCGAGAGCAAGAAAAGGUGCUGAGCACCAUUAUGGGGAAAAGACAAUAUUAGAUAAAUCAGAUUCAAAUCUGGAAAGCUGGAAGAGCUGGCUUGGGUAUGAGCAAAGAGAAGAGGCAAAUUCCUAAGUGUGCUGCUUCAUUUGUUACAGAACUUACCACAAUUUAGUAUGUUGCUGAAUUCAGUUUGCAUUCGUGUAGCUUUGCUUUCCUUAUCUUCAGCAUUCUUUAAGCUUUUCUUCUGAUUUCCAGACUGGUAUAUGUAUUUUCUGCCUCUUAAACAAUUAUUCCCUUCCGUAGACUUAUUUUCUUUGAGUUUUUGUGUGUUUUGAAAUGGGUAACCCUCAUUGAUCUCACUGUUUAAAUGCUUCCAUUUCUUUUCUGGCAUCUGCCCUUUCAUUUGCUUUCCUUUUAUUUACACUGUGAAUACCAUGUAGCAAGGAGGGGGAGAUACUUCCAAGUAAUUCCGAGCAGGGUAUUAUGUGGAGCUCUGGGUCAGUGGAUAUGGCCUGCUGAAUAAUGAGAUUGCAUGGAUAGAUCAAAACAUUCCCGAGUCACCAACCUGGAAUCACCCGUUGCAACAGGAGCCGCGGAAAGGCGCGCAGAGAAUGUGCUGAGGAAGAGAUGAUGUGAAAUACCUGGCAUGGGUUUCUCUUGUGCUUUGAUUUUUGUAAGAAGUACUUUCCUUUGGGGUUUAUUUUGGGCUUGUUUGAGUAUUUCCAGCUGUCCAUCAGGCUUUCUGCUCUUAAUGGGACUUUGUGUUGGUGUAGCUGAGAGACUGGAGGGAAUAUUGCUGCUCUAUAGUGAGUUAAAAAUACUUUAUAUUCUGGGUUCUGUCUCUGGCUUGCCAUUAUGUAUGUGUGCUGUAAAAAACAACAAAUUUUCUUCUGAUGGAGUGAGUGUGAUGAGGCCUGGGCUGGAAUCGUGCACUGGAACUACUUGAAGCCUCUACCCACACAUCACUAUAUUUUCAUUUACUUCAUUACGUGCCAAACGCUGCCUUUAGCUGGGAAGCUCAUUUUGAGAAAGGCAAGCAAGUACAAUCAAAUCUCCAAAGUGCAUUUGGACUUUGCUUUCUUCUGUUCCGCUCCCAGAUUCCAGCUGUGUGCAUCCCUAAACUGAGCGUGCUGCAGCUGCUUUUCAGCUUGACUGUCAACGUUUCAGAAGCUUAGGUUGCUGUCUGAAACCGAGUUAGUGGCGCUGGGACACCACUGACCUGCUGCGUUACUGAGCUAAAGCAGUGUCUGACAAUAUUACAGAUGACCAAGACUUGAAACCCAAACUGCUUGUGCUCCAAGUACAGGAGUUUUAGAGCCGUGUGGAGGCUGUUACCACCUUCCUUUAAGUAUUCAAACCAGACACCAGGGACCAAUUCUCUCUUGAGGGUAGCUCGAGAUGGCAGACCAGCGGCAACGCUCGCUCUCUACCUCUGGAGAAUCACUAUACCACGUGCUGGGCUUGGACAAGAAUGCCACUUCAGAUGAUAUCAAAAAGUCAUACAGGAAACUGGCAUUGAAAUAUCAUCCUGAUAAAAACCCUGAUAACCCCGAGGCAGCAGAGAAGUUUAAAGAGAUCAAUAACGCACACGCCAUCCUGACGGAUGCCACCAAGAGGAACAUCUAUGAUAAGUAUGGGUCUCUGGGUCUCUAUGUAGCAGAGCAGUUUGGUGAAGAAAAUGUGAACACAUACUUCGUGCUGUCCAGCUGGUGGGCAAAGGCCUUGUUCGUGUUCUGCGGCCUCAUCACGGGCUGCUAUUGCUGUUGCUGUCUGUGCUGCUGCUGUAAUUGUUGCUGUGGGAAGUGUAAACCUAAACCUCCUGAAGGUGAAGAGCAGGAAUACUACGUCUCUCCAGAGGACUUGGAGGCACAGUUGCAGUCAGAUGAACGGGAGGCCUCAGACGCACCUAUUGUGAUACAGCCAGCAUCAGCCACAGAGACAACCCAGCUCACAGCUGACUCUCACCCCAGCUACCACACCGAUGGAUUUAAUUAAGUUAAGGAAACCCUGUAAUUAGAAUGGAUUAAAAAGAAAAUAUAUAUAUAUAUACAUGGCCAACUCAACACUAGAAUCAUGAACAUUAGAAGUAGAGAAUGGGGAGGGGGAAUAAUUCUGCCACAGUAAGAAGGCAGCUUUCCAACCUGCCGGCAAGAUUUUGUAAUCCCUUCAGCCUUUUGUCACCUUUCAGUGUCGUAUCUGGAUGACACGUGGAGUGCUGUAGCAUGCAGUAUUUAAAGCAGUUUAGCUACGGUCUUACUGGUUUCCUUCCUUUCUUUUUUUCUUUUUCUCUUCCCCUGUUUUUUUGGUUUUUUAUAGCAUGUAUGGAGUUACGUUAAAUGUCUGUGGUGUAAUGUAUUGAGUUGUCACGAUAUAAGUGUGAUGGAGACAUUCUGCAUUUUAAGCAGUGGUACUGGCCUAAAAAUGAGAUUUAAGCAGAAGCCACCACUCUUCUGUACAGCUGCGCUGUCGAAGACCUUUCAAAGCUCAUGAUUUUCAUUUGAGUGCAACAAGCCAAUUCUUUUAUUCCUCCUUCCAUUCCUGCGUUGUUCCCCAAGCACGUUUACAAAGCCAAGAACCAAAAAAUGCCAGUCCUGCAGAGCUGGAGCUCACUCUAAUGCUGGUUCUCAGCUUAAAUAAACCUACCUUGACAAAUGCAAAGGGGAGAGUUUGCAGUCUGUGACCCACACAUUGAUGAACAGCUCUGUACGUGCGAGGCGACCUCCGGUGACAGUGUAACCCCCAAACUCCGGUUUGCCACAAACCCAACUGGGAACGGGCUCCUUUGGUGGCGGCGGUGGGACUGGCACCUCAAGCACAAGUCAGGUCUGCUUUGAGUUCAGUCUUGUCUUGGAAUGCUGAAGACCAAAUAGUGCAGCUUCUUUGGGAGUGCAUGAGAAUCUUAAAGCCAACUGGUGAACUGGUUUGCACUGAGUGAAAUGCAGACAGUAGGUAACAGCUUAAAUGUUUUAAAAAAUAGGGGGGGGUUAAUGAUUUGUCCUAAUAAUUGGAGAUUUUAAUAGACAAAUGGGAUAUUACGUGUCAUUUUAAAGCUUUUAUAACAACACCAGCCCUUUAAUUUUCUCAUGAGCACCUUGGUGGAUCACUGAAAUGGGUUUUUAAGAGCAAAACCACUUUUAUGUUUGUAUUGUAUAAUUUGCACAUUGUCUCGUGUCUCCAUUUGUUUACACAGUGUUCUUCUUUUCCUCAGAACAGCUAUGGGGAAACCAUUGAAAAGUUCUCUGUACCAAAUCAUGCUUGAAUACUGCUCUAGAAACUGUGGGUUGUUGAGAUUUAACCGCUAAAAGGGCGUUUUAGGCAGCUCCUGGAUUGCUGGUCUGUUUUUGUUGUUAAUAAUCCUGCUUUGGAUGAGGCAGAUUUGGGGUCUGGAACAGCUCCCAGGCAACCUCCACUUGGCACUUUGAGUGGUUGAUCACAGCCUCUUUCAUUUCCAUCUUCAUGGGUUUAUAUCACAACGUCUCUACUGCCCUUUGUACCCCUCAUCUCCCCUUCUCAUUUUUCACCUGUUGAGAGCAGGAAAACCACCAGACAAGGAAGGGGACGUAUUUUCACCCCCUCUUUGCAUGAUUGAAGGUGAUGGAGCAUGUAAAACCUGCCACGAGACCAUGUCAGGCAUGGUUGGGUAGAAGAAAACGUUCUUCACACCAUGCUGAGUGAGGGAUGUUUGCAGAAUCAGGCUUUGCUGUAGCUGGUGGUACGAGCACAUGUUUGUUGGCUGCACGUCAGCUCGUUGCAUGCUUUUGAUACCACAUCAGGUCCCUAAUGUUCAGAAAGAACAUGACUUGGAAGAUGCUUUCUCUGUCUGGAAAACUCUCUCGGGUGGCCUUGAGGACAGUUGUGUCUGAUGUGGUUUGAGGUCCUUAUUUAAUUCAAGUCUUUGUUUGACCCCUUGGAAUGAAAAGUGAUGUUUAGGCUUCAAAAACCUCGUGUCCUUUCGGCUGUCCUCGUAGAUUCUGCCUGAGGCUGUUCUUGCUGAGCCUGUUCUUGCACGCUGGAAUAUGCUUGAAUAUCUGAAUAUCCCCUGAACACUCACUGGUUAAAAUUGCCUUUAUCUGUGCAAAUUAUGUCCUUGGUUAAAAAGAGGUGAAGUGUUUGGGGGGUUUUGGCUUUGUGAAGGAGCACCGUUGCUCAGAGUGGCUCAGUAGAGGCUGUUUCCCUGCGUGCUGUAGUUUGUUAUGCUCCAUGGCCCCGUGUUCAUCUGGAUGGGGAACACAAAGCCUGUUGUUCUGAUUGUUGCUCCUGACCCUGGGGGCUGAUUGUUGGUGUUCAUUUGGAAUAAUCUUGUUGUUUCUUAACCCCUCUGGGCUACUUGCACUGUCCUAGGGAGGCUGGUGGGAGGUACAAUGGGCCAUCAGAACCGAAACGUGGGCAGCAGAUGAGGAUUAGAAGCAACGUGUGUUUUGUACCACUCUGGGAAGGAUGAAUCCAGGAUAAAUGCACUGGUUUAGCUCUUGGCUUAGCAAGGCGUGAGUCUGAGAGGCAGCUUUCCUGUCAGUUGUGUCUGUGGGUGAAUGGUAAAUGAGCCUGAGUGCUGCUGCAUGCCAGAGUGAUGGGAGGUGCUCCAAGAGAAGCUACUCUGAGAUCCCAGUUACAGGGAAUGACGGUUCUAGAUGAAUAUUCAUGGGGUUGAAACUGUUUUAAGUUUGCCCAUGUUCGUCUGUAAUCUCUGAAUUUAUUAUUGUGUAUUAAUGUGGUUCUUGAGUGAUAGAAGAAAGCUCUUUAAAACAAGAAUGGUGUGUGAAUAGGGUAAUGCCCACUCUUACGCUGCUCUUGUAGGUGAUGUGCAAGAGCAUCCCGGGCUCUAGCCUGAGCUGCACUUCAGAAUGGCCAGGCUGAACCCUGGGAAAUGCAAAGUGUGUUGGGAAUGAUGGUUAAAAGCCUGGUGCAGGAGCUCGCCUGCAGUUCUGAGCUGGAGUGGAUGGAGCUGCAGCAUCCCCAGAGCUGCAGCAUCCCGUUACCUGGCUUACCCGCAGAAUGUGUCCUUCCAGCCGAACCUGAGCUCUGCUGAUCCCUGCUCAGAGCGUGGCCACAACUAAAACUUGAGCUUUGAUGUCUGGGUUGGGGUCUUUUUCGUUUCUUCAAAGUUGGAUCAUGUGUUUUAUAUCCUGUGUUUUACAAGUUGCCUGGGACCUCCAUCCAGCUCAUGGAACCUCUUCAGCACCAGUUUCCCAGCGCUUGUUGGAGUGAGCCUGAUGUGAGGAGCUUCUGCUGGCUGGUGUUAAGGACCACUGGUGUUAUUCCUGAGCUGUGUUGUGUGAAGAGCCAUUCAUAGCUUAGGGUGAGCAGGGAAAGGGGCUGCCUCACUGCAGGAUGCUCAGGUGCCACCCCUCCUGGUUCAGGAGGUGGUGCUGGACCUGCUGUGCCAUCCUCAUCCUCAAUUGUCUGCUUCACUUGAAGUGAAAUAAGGGGCAUUGCAGCCCUUAAAUGCCAGUUUCAUUUUGUUAGUGAUGUUUGUAGGAGAUUCGUAUAUAUUUAUCUGUAUAUAAAUCCACGUCAACCUCAGUGGCGUCCGUAGGGUGUAGGUUCCACGCAGAGAUGUGUUAGAGCCACGUCACCUUUUGAGUCUUCUUUUUAGAUGUCAUCUUUCUUUAAACUGCUUUAGAUAUUAGUGCUCAUAGUGCUUCAAACGUGAUGCUCUUUGAGGCUGGGGGAGCACAGCCUGAGGAGGAAGGCUCAGAGGAACCCCAAGUCCUGCAGCCAUAGAGUCUUCAACCCCCUUUGUGUCAUCUAAAUGCUACAGGAGCUGCAUGGAGCAGAUAGUCCUGUCCCAUCCAGAAAGCGGUCAUGUUGGAGUGACACCAGUGAGUUUUGGGGGGUUAUAUCAGAGGGUUUCCUUGGGAGAGGCUUCUCUCAGCUACUUUGUGCCCUUCGGAUGUUCCCGGGUGAUUUGGAAAUGGAUUUGUGCUGCAGGUUUAUUUGUACCCGAUGCAGGUGGAUGUUGGUGUCGCGUUUAACCCGGAGACUCCUGCCGGGUUUUUGCAGCCCCACCUCAAGUUCUUAAUCCCAGAUGCUGUUUACAGAGACAUUAAUCCUAGAGCACUGAAACGUAACCCCCCCAGAGCAAGUGUUCAGUGUGAGGUCGGUGCGAACUUAACGUGCUUCAUCAUCUGAUGCUGCUUCUCUGUCUUAUAGUGGAAAUCAUCUAGUUUACAGCAUAUCAUCACACCAACAGCUGCUUCAAAUAGCUUGAAAGGAACAUUAAGUGAUAGCUAACACAGUGUCAGGGUACUGGUCAGCGUUCGUGUCCUGCUCCAUGAGGAGGAAGUGUUACUUGGGACUCGGCAAGAGUGAAAUUCCCCUUUCCAAGAAGAUGCUUCCUUGAGGAGAAGAAGCCACACGAGGGAAGUGCUCUGUCUGUGAGCUGUGCACAAGCCAAACCUGGAAGAGAAAACCUUCAUUGGGAAAUCAAAUGCCAACGUUCCAUGCAUGGUGUUAAAGGGUAAAUGCUGGGAAUUUCUGGGAGUUAUAUAUAUAUCUCUAUAUAUAUGUAUAUGUGUAGAGGAAGCUCUUCUAUGAAAUGGCCACUUGUCCUUGAGUGCUGUUGUGUUCUCUGCUCCCUUCUGUGCCAGUCUGUAGCGUUUGCUUCUCAUCCCCUUCCAAACCAGAAGGAUCUACUUGAACUCUGUGAGCUGCCCCUCUGCUCCAGCUUCCCUUUGGAGGAAGGAUGGGAACCCCAUGGAGGGCAGGGACCUGCUCUGGAAUGCCUUGGACUUGUGUUGGAGAUGUGCUCGAUGUGCUGCUGGCUGGAGGUGGGCUAGAACAUGGCAAUUUGGGGGGUUUCCUCCCAGUUUUCACCACGUUGCACUCUCCAACGAAGUGCAAAGCUCCAGAGCAAGGUCUGAACCCGCGCUGUGGGCUUUGGGUUGAACAUCGUGUGUGUAUGUAUGUAUAUAUGCCCAGAUGUAUAUAGUAAUAGAGUGGGUGCACCUGGUGCUUGCUGCUGGUUUCCUUUGGUGGUAAAUCCCUGGAUUCUGGCUCUGAGCCGUGCUGUGAGAUCCCGCAGGGACAAGGGGAAGGGGGAGCUUUGGCCAGAAUCGUGCUUUCUCCUCUCAGCUGCAGGAUAAAACCAAACCAAAUCUGUUGGGUUAAACCAGUGAAGGAGGCGGUGGAAGGAUCCUGUUGUAAAUGGGUAGUACAGGGGAGAGCUGUGGUGUAAAAAGGGGAUGCAAUUGUCUACUCCCUCCUUACUCGAGCGAGUUGGUGCUGAGCAGUGUGGUGUGUUUGCACUGUGUGGUCCAGCGACCCAGCCUGCAGUGUUUGCAGGUUGGGAUCAUGAGGACCCGGAGUUACUACGAGUUGUAAAGCUGAAGUUAGGUGGAGAUCUGUGUAAAGGCGCCGGGUCACUCAUUGCGGUGGGUCAAGCCGCAUCCCUGGACCUCAUAUUUUAGGGCUGGCAGAUGAAAUACGGGGGGGAUUCUGCAUCCUGGCAGAAAUAGGGGAAUGUUUGGGGGCGAUUCCUUUAUUGCUGACGCAUUUGAAGUUCCCUGUGUGUCCAUCACGGAUGGAGCCUUCCAUCACCAUCAUCCCCCUUCACCCUUCCCACCGUCACCCCUCUCUGGGUGUGGAUGUUUGGUUCAUGCUGUCACAGACCUCCGAGGCUGUUUGUGCUCAUCCUGCAUGUGACAAGGCCCUGCACUCACUCACUCCUCGUGCUCUGGCCGUGUUGGCCUCUUGAGGACGCUGAGGACACGCUCUGCGGUUGCUCUUCACCUCUGGGAUGGGGGGAGCCCGUCUCUAACCGAGAGAAAAGCCUGUAAAAAUACCCCCCCCCACCCCACAAUGGAAGUUAUAAAUGCAUCUGACAAAGCAAUUAUAAUAUAGACAUAUAUAUAUUUUGUUAUGUUACUAAAGGACCAUACUUUGACUUGUAUGUAAGUAGCUGUGGCUGUCUGAACUCUGUGGGUUGUAACACUCGAUACUACUGAGCUCCUGUACAUACACGCUGUGAGGAGAGGAGGAGGAGGAGGUAUUUUCUGUUCUAGCAUGGUAAUUCGUGUAUCGUAUGUCCGAAUAGAACUAAAAUAAAGAUUGCUAAGUUAUCUGAAACCACUGUUGUAAAAUAAAUGUUUUCAAGGCAGAAA